CUUCACUUGUAUUGUCCAAACGGUCCCAUUAAAUAUAUAGGUUAGAUCGGUAUUUCAGAAAGAAAAUUCACACAAAAACUCUUAAAAGAGACUGUUUUAGCAAUUAAAACAAACAUCCGAUAGUUUUAAAGUGUAGUUGUUUCCUGUUAGUUAACAAAGUUUCAACAGUUUCUACGAAAAUGGCUUUAAACCUGAUGAAGAAUAGCAUCAAAAUGAAUACAUUCAGUAAAUUACAAGUGAGAAGUUCUAGUGGAUCCAGCGAACCACAAUUUCGCGUCCUUAAUCUUAAAGUAACCAAAUCUAAACCAGCCCCGCGUAGACAACCAAAAAAAUUUGAUACUGCACCACCUAGAGCCCAUCAGAUGCCAACUGAUCAAAAUUGGGGAAAUGUAUGGCCUGGUCCAAGAUCGUUUCAUCCAGCGACAGUUCCUCUGCCUGUUAGACAAGGUUAUGGAGAAAAACAAGCACCGCCAAGUAAAUAUGCAAAUGCAGAGUUAAUGAAAAUACCUAAUUUUCUUCAUCUCACUCCACCUGUCAUAAAAAGACAAUGUGAUGCAUUGAGAAAGUUUUGUACACCAUGGCCAAAGGAGCUUUCCACAGAUGAAAAUUGUGAAAAGCAUUUCCCAUUGGAAACUACAACAAGCAGUUAUUGUUAUUCCUCUCCAUCGAUUAGAAAUUCUUUAGCCAGAAUCGUUACAUUAAGAAUAAAGCUUUCUCAUUUACCAUUAGAUCAACAUGCAAAAGAUAAAUUUCGGAGAUUGGUAGGGGACAGGUACGAUGAAAAUACCGAUUAUGUAACUAUAGUUGCAGAUCGUUGUCCCACCAGUAAACAAAAUUUUGAUUACUGCAUGUAUUUAUUAACUGCUGUAUUUCACGAAUCAUGGAAUGUAGAGCCUUGGGAAUCAAAAAAGACAUUAGAAGAUAUGGAGUACUAUGACUGGACAAAAAACCAAUCAUGUAAAAGUUUGGAGAGCAUGUUUGAAGUCCCCUUUGAUAAAAUUGAACAUGGGAAGGAAUUUUCAGAAGCUGUUUCAAAUUUAAUGAAUAAUGGUGAAAAUUUACAAACACUAAAGACAUAUGGAGAUACUGUGAGGAAAUUAUUAGGUCUAUCAAAGGAAAUUUAAUAGAUACAAUAUGUAAAUUAUAAUUAGUUUGUAAUAUAUUACAUUUUAAUAAAUCUGUUGCUUAAUUUCA